ACUGCUGCCACUGCUGCUACCGCAGCCCGGUUUAGGAUUUGAAAGAUUAAAAACUCCGGGUUUGGAAAGGGCGGCGGCGUUGAAUGUGUAGCGGAAAGGUGGGGGGUCACGGCUCGGCUCGGGGCCGGGCAACGGGCGGCGUCUCAGCGCUAUGAAUUACCCGGGCCGCGGCUCCCCGCGGAGCCCAGAACAUAACGGCCGGGGAGGCGGCAGCGCCGCCUGGGAGCUGCGCUCGGAUGCCGAGCCGGGCUUCGGCGGCAGCGUCUGCUGCUUCGACCACCUGCCCGGCGGGGACCCGGACGACGGCGAGGUGCCCCUGGCUCUGCUGCGCGGGGAGCCGGGGCUGCACCUGGCGCCGGGCGCCGAGGACCACAACCACCACCUGGCACUGGACCCCUGCCUCAGUGACGAAAACUAUGACUUCAGCUCAGCCGAGUCGGGCUCCUCGCUGCGCUACUACAGCGAAGGCGAGAGCGGCGGCGGCGGCAGCUCCCUGUCGUUACACCCGCCUCAGCAGCCGCCGCUGGUGCCAUCGAACUCGGGGGGCGGCGGGGCGGCGGGAGGAGGACCGGGCGAGAGGAAACGGCCCCGGCCGGGUGGUACAGCCGCCCGGCACCGCUACGAGGUCGUGACGGAGCUGGGCCCUGAGGAGGUGCGCUGGUUCUUCAAGGAGGACAAGAAGACCUGGAAGCCCUUCAUCGGCUACGACUCCCUCCGCAUCGAGCUCGCUUUCCGGGCCCUGCUGCAGGCCACGGGGGGCCGGCCCCAGGCCGCAGACCCGCACGGCGACCAUGUGUGCGGCUCGGCCUCCCCCGCGGAGGACCGCGACGGCAGCUGCGGCUUCUGCCAGCGCGCUGCGGGGCACGAGCCGGAGCUGGUGGAGCUGGUGAACGUGGAGCCGGUGUGUGUGCGUGGCGGCCUCUACGAGGUGGAUGUGACCCAAGGAGAGUGCUACCCGGUGUACUGGAACCAGGCUGAUAAAAUACCAGUAAUGCGUGGGCAGUGGUUUAUUGAUGGCACUUGGCAGCCUCUUGAAGAAGAAGAAAGUAAUUUAAUUGAGCAAGAACAUCUCAACUGUUUUAGAGGUCAGCAGAUGCAAGAAAACUUUGAUAUUGAAGUGUCAAAACCUAUAGAUGGAAAAGAUGGCAGUGGAAUCAACUAUUCUGUUGUCCACCACCUCCCUCCCUUCUCCCUCCCUUAUCUGUUCAAAUGGAGAGGAUAUAAGGAGAGUACAGAUGCGGCAGGUCUUAAACGAAAGCGUUCCCAAGCUAUUCAUAGUUUCAAGCUAAGUCGAAAUCAUGUGGACUGGCACAGUAUGGAUGAAGUAUAUCUUUAUAGUGAUGCAACAACAUCUAAAAUUGCAAGAACUGUUACCCAAAAACUGGGAUUUUCUAAAGCAUCAAGUAGUGGGACCAGACUUCAUAGAGGCUAUGUAGAAGAAGCCACAUUAGAAGACAAGCCAUCACAGACUACCCAUAUUGUAUUUGUCGUUCAUGGAAUUGGGCAGAAAAUGGACCAAGGAAGAAUUAUCAAAAAUACAGCCAUGAUGAGAGAGGCUGCAAGAAAAAUAGAAGAAAGGCAUUUUUCCAACCAUGCAACACAUGUUGAAUUCCUGCCUGUUGAAUGGCGGUCAAAACUUACCCUUGAUGGAGAUACUGUUGAUUCCAUUACUCCUGACAAAGUACGAGGUUUAAGGGACAUGCUGAACAGCAGUGCAAUGGACAUAAUGUAUUAUACUAGCCCACUUUAUAGGGAUGAACUAGUUAAAGGCCUGCAACAAGAGCUGAAUCGAUUAUAUUCCCUUUUCUGUUCUCGGAAUCCAGACUUUGAAGAAAAAGGGGGGAAAGUUUCAAUAGUGUCACAUUCUUUGGGAUGUGUAAUCACUUAUGACAUAAUGACUGGCUGGAAUCCAGUUCGACUUUAUGAACAUUUGCUACAGAAGGAAGAAGAGUUGCCUGAUGAAAGAUGGAUGAGUUUUGAAGAGCGACAUCUUCUUGAUGAACUCUACAUAACAAAACGCCGGCUAAGAGAAAUAGAAGAACGGCUACAUGGAUUAAAAGCAUCAUCUGUGAUACAAACACCUGCCUUAAAAUUUAAGGUGGAAAAUUUCUUUUGCAUGGGAUCCCCAUUAGCAGUUUUUUUGGCAUUGCGUGGUAUUCGACCAGGAAACUCUGGAAGCCAAGACCAUAUUUUGCCCAGAGAAAUUUGUAACCGGUUACUAAAUAUUUUUCAUCCAACAGAUCCAGUGGCUUAUCGGUUAGAACCAUUAAUACUGAAACACUACAGCAACAUUUCACCUGUUCAGAUCCACUGGUAUAAUACUUCAAAUCCUCUACCUUAUGAGCAUAUGAAGCCAAACUUUCUCCAUCCAGCUAAAGAACCUACCUCACUUUCAGAGACUGAAGGCAUUUCAACAAUACCAAGUCCUGUGACCUCACCAGUCUUAUCCCGUCGACAUUAUGGGGAAUCUAUAACAAAUAUAGGCAAAGCAAGCAUUUUGGGGGCUGCUAGCAUUGGAAAGGGACUUGGAGGAAUGCUGUUUUCAAGAUUUGGGCGUUCAUCUACAUCUCAGCCGUCUGAGACAUCAAAAGACUCUAUAGAAGAUGAGAAGAAACCAGCCUCCUCGCCUUCUACAACCACUGUGGCAACACAGACCCUUCCACAUAGCAGUUCUGGCUUUCUUGAUUCUGCAUAUUUCAGACUUCAGGAAUCGUUAUUUAAUCUCCCACAACUUCUUUUCCCGGAAAAUGUAAUGCAGAAUAAAGCUAAUACCCUCGUGGAACUGGAUCACAGAAUUGAUUUUGAACUCAGAGAAGGCCUUGUGGAGAGCCGCUAUUGGUCAGCCGUCACAUCACAUACUGCCUAUUGGUCAUCCUUGGAUGUUGCACUCUUUCUUUUAACCUUCAUGUACAAACAUGAGCACGAUAAUAAUUCAAAGCCCAGUUUAGAUCCAAUCUGAACUCUUGAAGAACAUUAGUGGCCCAAAACUGAUUUUUUUUUUCUGUUAAAAUGUGUGUCAAGACAUGGAGAUUUCAGAUCUAAGUAUGUUUUGGUUUUAUUUAAGGCAAAAAAAAGUUGGAGUUUAAAAGCACUUUAUUUAAAAAAAAAACAAAAAACUUUUUUCAGUCCAAAAGUUAUUUAUACUCUUCAUCAUUUUCUUUAUGAAUCUGCUACAACCCCUUGCAGAGAAUCAUACAAUAUGUAAAGAGAAGGUUUGGGUAAACUGCAAGAUUAUAAAUUACAAACAGAAAGGCAUAUUAAUGGGUUGGAUCUAACAUAUAUUAUUGAAAUAUCUUAGCAAAUCUGAAGUGGUCAAGAUCUAGUGUAUUCUAUAUAAUGUUUUCCAACUCCACAAUUCUUUGCAGUGAGAACAUAACAGAUUUAAAGUGUUUUGAAUCUAACUUGUUCAGAAAAACUAAUACUAAAAGGACAUAAUAUUUGAACUUCUGUAUUUAUAAUUUAUUACUGCUGACUAAAUUGCUUUAUUUCAAUGUAUGAAACAUUACAUUUAAAAAAACAUUUUUGAACAAUUUAAGGAUUAUAUUUACUUUCUAUAGUGUUAAUACUCAUUUUCCUCAGAACUCCACCUUUGUACUCUCCAGAUGAAUAUAUAGACACUGUGGCAUACUUUCAGUAUUUCUUUUUUCAUUAAAAACUUAUGGAUUCACACAAAUAAUACUAGCUCAGUUAUUUGGUGGGGAGAGGAAUGAACUUUUUAUCAAGUCAUAUGUACCUCAGAAUACUAAAAUUCUCUAAACUUGACAUAAGGUACUCCUUGGUAAUGGGUACAUUUAAUAAAUUUUAUUGGUAAAUUAGUAAUACUCUUUAGAGUAGGGACUAUAACAUAUAUUUUAAAUACAUAAACAUCUCUGUGCCAAACAAUUUCAAUAUAUAAAGUGAUGGUGUGCCUCUAACAAAUUUUACUUUUAAAGUAUUUUAAGAAAACAUGCAUAAGGCACAAUAGAUCCAGGAUUUGGGAGAAGUGGUAGAGUUUUCCUCAGCUGUAAUUGUUUCCACAGUGCUUUUCAUCUGAGGAGCUCAAAGUGCUUUAAAAAUUCAAUAAUCUAUGAAGUCACUCUUUGAGGUAAGUAAAAUGAGUGUUACUUUUAUGUUAUAUGUUAACACACUAAUAAGGCACCAGAACACUUUAAGUGCCUUGAAUUAGAGUACAGAGAAAAACAAAAGAAACUUACAUUGAAGUCACACUGUAUUCUUUUAUAUGCUCUUCCACAACUGGUCAUUCACUUGUAACCUCUUAGUAGUUUGCAGACAAUAAUAACGACAGAACUUGUAAUUCAUAAUUUGAAGAAAUUACCACAAAAAACAAUGUUUCAUCCUUCUUACACAUUCUUGGGUUCUCACAUACAAACGAGUCACUUAGAGGGGAUCAAUAGCGACCUCUGCCACAGCCAGUCCUCACUUCUGAGUGGCUUCCACUAGGUUCUACUUAAGGUGCUGUCUUUGCUUCUCUUGCAAGGAUUCUUAGCUUCCUAGUAACCACUGUCAAACUGGAGCAGAGUUGGUCAGUUGAACAUCUCACCUAUUCCUUCCUACAAUAUAUUCAAAUCUAUGACUUACAAGGUUUGAUAUAUACUUGUCGUUUGGCCUGAAUUUGCACAACAUGGAACACUUGAAUUUUAAGUUUGAAAAAGAUCCCAAAGCUCCAUGACCAAAUAUGUGACUCACUAAGAAACCCUUGCUAUAAAAGGCUUCCUUUCAGUAAGAUCUUAGUAACACUUAAGCAAUCUCAAAUUUAGAGAUUCUUGUGAACUCAGGUCAUUUUCAUAACUAUUUAUUUGAUUGAUCUAAUUUAGUUCUCAGGAAAGGCAUACUCAUUUCUCAUAUGACUGUAUCAUUAAAGGCACUACAGCAUAUAUUGCUGUUAGUAGUGUAACACUCAAAUCCCCUAUGAACUACAAAGAGUUCAUUCUUAACCACUCAAAUAAUACCAAUAACCCAUUUGACCUGAGAAGAGUGAAAAAUCAAACCCACCUUUUAAUUUGAUAAUAAAAAAGUAUAGAGGGUCAGGUGGUGAUGCACCUGGUUGAGUUCACAUAUUACAGUGUGCAAGGACCUGAGGUCAAGUCCCAGGUCCCCAACCUGCAGGGUGGAAGCUUCACAAGCAGUGAAACUGUGCUGCAGGUGUCUCAGUGUCUUCCCCUUCCCUCUCAAUUUCUCUCUGAUUCUAUCCAAAAUAAGUCAAAAUAUUUUAAAUGAAAAGUAUAUUCCUAUAGCUAUUGGAAUAUAUCCGCUUCCUUUUUUCAUAUUGAGAAAAUAAAAAUGUUUGGCCAUGUGGAAUUUCUUUGAAUUCUUGAAAGCGACAUUCAGAUCCUCUUUUCAAAAUAAGAUAUGGAUUACUGAACAGGUGUUCAGUUUUCAACUCAUAAUUUCAUUAAUAGAGAUGGUGAUUUUGAUUUUAUAAUACUCUUCUUGUUUCCCUGUCUCUGCAUGUUAUCAUGGAAUGUACUUGUAUAUACUUGAGUAAUAUACAGAGUAUGUGUAAUUCUGGCUUGAUUUAGAAGCUAAGUUACUGAGUAACAUUUUGAAACUUUAUUCCAGCAAAUACUUAUUAGCCAAAAAGUUCUGUUUUUGAUACCAUUAAAAUUUUAUUCUCUA